UUGUAUUCUGCCCAGUUCGAUCGGCAACGGGAGCGGAAAGAGGAAAGCAGAGAGCCCGAAGGCAGUAGCCCCCACCACCGCCGGCCCAGGUUACCAUCUAGCACCGGGAAACACAGCAGAGAGCCGCCGCCGCCGGCAGAGAAGCCAUUUCCAACCAAGUAGUAACAAUGAGCAGUGAGGCCGAGACACAGCAGGCACCACCGCCGCCUGCUGCCGAUGCGGACAGCCCAUCCAGCCCGGCAGCCGCAGCUUCCGCGGGGGAUAAGAAGGUCAUCGCAACAAAAGUCUUGGGUACAGUCAAAUGGUUCAACGUCCGGAAUGGCUAUGGUUUCAUCAAUAGGAAUGACACAAAAGAGGACGUAUUUGUACACCAAACCGCCAUUAAAAAGAACAACCCAAGGAAAUACCUCCGCAGUGUAGGAGAUGGAGAGACUGUGGAAUUUGACGUUGUCGAGGGGGAGAAGGGAGCUGAGGCAGCAAAUGUCACUGGCCCUGGAGGUGUUGCAGUCCAGGGAAGCAAGUAUGCUGCUGACAGGAACCGCUACAGGCGCUACCCCAGGAGGAGGGGCCCACCACGCGGCGGGGAUUACCCCGAGAACUACCAGAGCGACGGGGAGGGCGAGCCUGGCAGCGGAGGCCGUGACAAAAACAGAGAAGCUGGAGAUGCCCAAGACGGAGACGGACAGCCACAGCAGCGAAGGCCUGCAUACCCCGGCAGACGGCGCUACCCGCCAUACUUUGUACGUAGACGAUACGGCCGUCGGCCCCCAUACACCAACCCGCCACGCGGAGAGAUGUCUGAGGGAGGUGAAGGCGACGAGAACCAGGGAGGUGCAGACCAGGGCAACAAACCAGUGAGGAACAACUACUACAGAGGCUUCCGACCAAGGUUCAGACCAAGGGGUCCACCCCGUCCCAGACCGGUGCGGGACGGUGAGGAGGACAAGGAGAACCAGGGUGAAGGUGGUGACAACCAGCAACGCCAAAGGCGCUACCGCCGCAACGUCAACUAUCGCCGCAGGCGCCCACAGACUGGAGGCAAACCCGGCCAGGAAAACAAAGAGGCCAAGACAGGAGGUGACCCAUCGGCAGAGAAGACGUCCGCUCCCGAGGCCCAGGGUGGGGCUGAGUAGGAACAUCCUGCCCACCGGCACCUACCAUCUUUUACCAUCGUCCGGUUUUUUGUCAACAAGAAGAAACAUCAAACAAGAUCUGAGCAAUAAAAGAUUUGACUUGACAACGUCACAAGCUUGCACCAUGCAUUCGACCAGAUUACACUGAUUGCCUGCAGAAUCUAUGCAGACCUGCUUUUUUUCUCCAUUAUUUUUAUGUGGCAGUUACAAAAUGUUUUGGGGAAACCGCUGAUGUUUUUCUAAAUCUGUCCUAAGUUUUUACACCAAAUGGUUUUUAAAGAAAAAAUGGGAUUUGAUAUCUGGUCAGUUUGACAUUUUUAAAUAACUUUUUAUGUAUUCAAACAUUUUAACAAAAUGCAAGCUCAAAUAAAAGUCCAGAAACCAGAAAA